AUGUCGGGCUACCAAGCAUAUCCCGGCGCCUCCGGCUACGGCGCUCCCCCGCCUGCACCGCAAAGACCUUUUGCCAACUCGCCAUUCCAGUCGCAACCUCCCGCACAAGGACAACAGAGCACUGGCGGUUAUUCUUCUCCUGCANNCCCUAUGGCCAGUCCCAGCCCUCUCCCUACCCGCCCCAGCAAGCAUACGGCCAGCCUCCCUCGCAGGGCUACAACAGACCCCCACCGCCACCUCCUCCAGGACAGCAGCCGCAAUAUGGUCAAAGCCAAUACGGCCAGAGUCAAGGAUACCCUCCACAAUCUCCUGCGCCGUUUGGCCAAAGCCAGAGCCAGGCUCCCUUUGGCCAAUCUCAGCCUCCAUCCUAUGGACAAAGCCAGCCGCCCUACGGAUCUGCUCAGCAACCUCCCUAUGGUCAAUCUCAGCCUUCCUAUGGACAAAACCAAGCACCAUAUCCAUCACAGCAACAGCAACAUGGUGGCGGACCUGGAUAUGUUCAGCCAGCCUCCUCAGCAACAACAACAACAAGGCGGUUAUGGCGCACCUCCCCAGCAGCAAGGUGGUUACCCUCCUCAGCCUCAGCAAGGCGGCUACCCUGGACAGCAACCGGGAGGUCCUCAGGGUGGCUACGGCGCCCCUCCCUCGCAACCCGCCGGUCCUGCUGAGAUUCAGGCAUACAAGCAGUCGCUUCAGCAGACGAUUCAAGAGAAGGGUCUCCAAGGUUUCUAUCCUCCGGGCUCGCCCAUGAUCGACCAGAUCGCAAACAAGGCCUCGAUGCAAGUCGACCGCCUGUGCCAGCAGUGGCGCAUCAACAAGGAGAUUGGCAACGACAUUGUCAAGUUGGCCCUGUACGAUGUUGUCCUCUACAUUGACGACAGUGGCUCGAUGAAGUUUGAAGAGAACGGUGAGCGUAUCAAGGAUCUCCAGCUUAUCCUCGAGCGUGUCGCAACCGCCGCUACGCUCUUUGAUGACGACGGCAUCUCUGUUCGCUUCAUGAACGACAACCCUCCCCAGCACAUGAUCGAGCACAUUAAGACUGAGCAACAGAUCUCGCAGCUUGUGUCUGGCCACAAGUUCAGCGGUCUUACUCCCAUGGGAACCGAGCUCCGCAAGAAGGUUGUCGAUGGCAUCGUGGUACCCGCCAUCCGUAGCAGACAGAUGCGCAAGCCCAUUUUGGUUAUCACCAUCACGGACGGUCAGCCUGCAGGAGAGCCUACCACUGCUGUCUUUGACACUGUCCGCUAUGCCAUCCAGGAGGCCAGCAACUCGCAGUACGGACGUGGAGCCAUCGCCUUCCAGUUUGCCCAGGUUGGCAACGACGAAAAGGCUCGCGAGUUCCUUGGCAAACUCGAUGACGACCCUGUGGUCGGACAAAUGGUCGACUGCACUUCCAGUAUGUGUUCUUACGUCUUCUCGUGCAAGCUAUGUGCUAAUGAUCAAUANGACUUCGAGAAUGAGUCCGCCGAGAUGGCACGCGCUAACCCCCCUGUCGAUCUCACUCCCGACCUCUGGCUCAUUCUUGGUGCGAUUGAUCCCUCGUAUGACACCAAGGACGAAAAGUCGAACCGCCCUCAAGGCGGACCUCCCGGAUACGGUGCUCCUCCUCCUCAGCAAGGUGGCUACGGCGGUCAGGGACAAUUUGCCCCACCCCCGGUGCCCCUCAAGGCUACGGUCAGCAGCAAGGCGGUUACGGCCAACAGCAGGGAUAUCCUCCACAGCAGCAAGGCGGAUAUGGUGCUCCUCCUCAGCAGCAGGGUGGCUACCCUCCUCAGCAGGGCG